AUGUUUUGGAGAGGCUUCAGUGAAAGGUAAAAAAUUGCAAUCCAUCAUGUACUUUUCUCAGAAUUUUCUUGUUCGUUUGGUCGUCCGUUUGCCUCUAUGUUCCCGCCAAUAUUUUCCGUGAAUUUUCUUGGAGUCCAGUUGCUUUUUGGCUGUAUUUACGAGUGUCCUCUUAUUUUCCAGUUGUCGCGGGAGACACUUUUACCUUGAAUUGUUAUGUUUCAUUAUUUCUUCCUUAAUUUAACAUUAAUUUCCCCUCAUAAUUUGUCCUGAUAAGAUGAUUUUCUCCAUUAAAAUUAUUUUUCCAAGCUGUAAUCCUUCUAUGUACGCAACUUUUGUCUAAACAUUUGGAAUACACCCAAUCAAAGUUUGAAUCUAUGUCUAACAAGGAAGUAUUGUAAAUAACUUCCGCCUUGACUUAUUAAAACUAAUAAUGAACUGCCAAUAAUGCAAUCGAUAUUAUGAAAUCAAAAGGGUUUUGAUGAAAUUCGCUCUUUUAGUACCAUGGAAGGCUAUUUCCUACACUACGUCUUGUCUGCUGAGGUUAUUCUUUCUUUGCAGCUCCGACGGAUUUUCAGACGAAGGAUGCCAUGUAGUUACGUCGAGAAGCAAUUCAGAAGAAACAGUUUGUAGCUGCAAUCAUUUGACUCAUUGUGCUGUAUUAUUUGAUUACAACGAUGGCACAAAGGUAAGCAAUUAUAUGUAUGUUCUUCUUCCAGUACUGGUAAUACAUAUAAAUUAAUUGAGCUAAUUCACGUGUCUCUAUUUUCUUUUUUUAUGCUAUGUGACGCAGCUUUCCAAACAGGACGAGACUGCAUUGAAGAUAAUUACCUACGUAGGAUUAAGCUUGUCGAUCAUGGGGAUCCUUGUAACAUCAGCCUUGUACUUUUUCUUUACGUAAGUAUGGUGGCUAAAUAAUCGAUGAAGUACACAUUCUCAUGUCUUCUUCUAAUUACUAUCGAUUGUAAUUUCUCAACAAAGGAAAAAAUUAAGGAAUAAACGUAACUUUAAGUUAUCCAAAAUGUUCCUUUUAAUUUUUCCGAAACUAAGGUAAAGUAAGUCGAUUAAUUAACCAAUUUACUUUACAUUUCAUGUUCAAUUAGAAGAGCAUUAACAAUACAUGGUCUCUUUCCUCAGUCCUUAAUGUUUUCUUAUUCUAUACCAACUUGGCUUUUUAUUUGCCUUCUGAUUCUUAAGCUUUUGAUUGACUUUUUUUUGUUGUUGUUUGUUUUGGAUUUGUUUGUUUUUCUUUUUUUGCUCAACUUUUCAUUUCAAUUAUUUUUGUUUUGAUUAUGUUUGUUUGUCUUUUUUUUUACCCAUGUCGGGUUUUUGUUUUUGCUUUCUUUUUUCGUCAUCUUUCAUUUCAUCAGUGACGUCCGUCAACCUCUGUCUCAAAUUCGAUUGAGUCUUUCUGCGUCCCUCGGGGUUGGACAGCUAAUUUUUCUCGCAGGAGUACACGCCACGGAACACACGGUGAGAGGCUUCUCCGAUCUGUUCAUUCAAUUAAUCAAAUCUUUCUGCUUUAAAUAUUUUCAGAAAAGAUCGCAGAAAGACACAAAACAUAUUUCCUUUCGCAGGCUGCUUGUAUCGCAGUAGCAGCUCUGAUGCAGCAUUUCCUGAUGGCUGCCUUUUGCUGGAUGCUGGUCGAGGGAGUCUACCUCUACCUGUUCGUUGUGAAAGUUUACAACAUUAACACCAAGAUGUACAUGUAUCACGUCAUCUCAUGGGGUAUUUCCAUGACUUAUUUUACUACAACAUGUGUUGGAAAUUGAACCGCGCUCUCAUAUUUGGUGUUGUCAUCAAGUCAAGUGCUUUGAAUUAAUUUUUUUGUAUUUAUGAGUAGGUCUCCCUAUGAUCAUGAUGGCCAUUUCACUUGGCAUUGCUGCUGCGAAAGAAGGAAUACAAAGCUAUGUCAGUGAUAAAUAGUAAGAAACAUCAAUAGGUUACUUUUUACCUUUCUUCUCUCUCUUGCGCACUAUCAAGUUAAGUUCGUUUAAUUUUUCUUGUUCCGUUUUUUCUUGGUUUUUUUUUUUUGUAUUCAUUCUGAUGACUUUCUUUCUUGUCAUUCAAUUUUAUUAGUUGUUGGCUGUCUUCGACCAACAAUCUGAUCUGGAUAUUCAUCUCCUUUGUAACGUUCAUCGAAGUUGUGAGUUUAUGAUUAAUUUAUUUCACGGUGCUUGGUUUACCGAGCUAGUUACUCACUAUUUUUCUAUUGGACUCACUAUGUUUCUUUGCUCGACCUAAACUAAACAAAUAACUUCUAUACUAAGAUUCUCUUGGCUUCUCGACUACCAAGUAUAGAAACUUAAUUCAGUGAUUUUAAUGGCAUUUUUAAUAGGUCAACAUCUUGAUACUCGUACGAGACAUAAUGGAGAUGACCAAUUUGGUGCAGCCAACAGGUGAAGACGACCAUAUUCAGCAAAUACGGUAGGAUUCACAACAUGAAAUUAUUCAAAAUAAUGAAAACAAAUUUCCUUAACAAGCUGUACGUACGGCAACGUUCGCCCGGCUCCCUUAUCCCUUGACCAGUUUGCUAUUACGAUACCUGUUAAUGAGACUGGGGAAAAAAAUUAUCAACCCUUAUGCAUGCACCUUCAAUUUUGUUGUCGAUCUCAGAAUUGGUAUCAAAGCUUGCGCACUGAUGAUUCCUUUACUGGGUGUCACGUGGCUGUUUGGUCUUCUUUCGCCUAUACAAAGGCUUUUGCUUACAUUUUCACAAUACUCAACUCUACUCAGGUGAGUGUCCGAUUGAAUUUCUUAAACUCAAUCAAUCUAGAUUGUUCAAUUUACACAGCUUUAACCGAAGAGAGAAACCUUUACGAUGAUUAGAUGAUACAAAAAAAAUUUAAAAAAAUUAAAAACCUGUUAACUAUUUUCUUGACCCGAAAUAUAUUCGUAGCAGUCUUGUUAGACUUAUUAGAUAUUGAUUCAUGAAGACGAUUAUUAUAUGCAUUGUGCACUGAGAUACCCAAACAACGCACGCUCCGCCGCUUCCUACCUAAGUGCAAUAUUGUAAAAAAUGAUCUUGAAAUUAUGUUUCUGCAACAGGGUUUCCUGA